AUGUGAGUGAGGAAGGAACCGGUGGAAACAGGCACGCACACUGUUUGUUGCGUCUGGUCGCGAUACGUGAUAUUUCGGGCUUCCUCGACUUUGGUUUGCAAUUUGAACUUUCUCUUUCACAAGUGUGCGAGCCGGGGCAGGCAGACACAAACAAACAGACAGACAGACAGACAGCUGCUGAACACAUCGGCUGCCUCCAGCCCCAAUCCACCGGGUGUGCCUCCGAGCUGGGCUUAUUUGGAAUUAGUGCUUCUCUCUAUUCCGUGAGAGAGAGAGAGAGAGAGAGAUAGCAACUUUACCUCCGUUGCUGAAGACACUAUCCUGAGUCAGACAGCCGCCGAGAUCAUGAUCGCCGGCCUGCGGUCAUUGAAAUCCCUGGCGUGAAGAGGGUGUAAAACGGGCGGAUGAACCCACUUGUGUGCAUCUUCGCCUUAACUUUCACCAGGCUGUCGCUUAUGCAGUUCGCUCUAUUCACACAGAGAAGGCAAGUGAAACGAGUUUGUUUCUACUGUUACCUCCAUCUGAGUCUGGACUGCCAUAUUUUCACAUUCAUAAACACUGAGACUGGGAUUUCUCUGCUCUUAUUAUGCAAUUUUGCUGCAUGUCUACCAAAAGCAGAUGCUGAUCACAAUUAUAAUGCAAGCAAACCAAAGAAUUCAGCAGUGUUAAGUGAAAUGCUCAAUAUAGUGGGAGCAAUACAAAAAGAAGUGAAGGAAAGACAUAAAGAAGGUCUGUUCCCUCCUAAAGAUAUACCUGAAUUACAAUUAUACACUCCUGAAGAUGUACCUAAUGACUGUUUCGAAACUGCUUUGAUGUGCUUCAUCCAAGAACUGAACGUUUUGCAGUUUGAGUUUGUGCUCAAGUCUUAUGAAUUAAAAGACAAGAAUAAAAUGAAUAGAAAUGCAAAAACAUUUUCUAAAUUUAAUGGGCAGAAGAACUGCAAAAUCUGUGAAACAUUCCAAGAAAAAAAUGCAACACAUUUUCUAGAGGCUUUUCAAAAACAUCUCCAAAAAGGGUAUAAACAAAGAUAGAUCAUGUUGUACGAUCCUCUGAGUGAGGGACACAAUGUUUAUGCUCUCUUCCACUUCUUCCCAUGGAGUCAAUCAGCAGUGUUUUCUGUUGUCGAUGGCCUUUCACUGUAUCAAUACAGGGUCAAAAUCAGGAGGCUGGUCAACUGUACUGGAUAUUGUACUGGACAGCACAUCCAUUCAAUUGCAGAAGACUCAUUGUGGGCUAAUAAAAAGUAAAUUUCAGACAGAUUUAGCUGCAGGAGCAUGAGGCGGAGGUAGGAACACUAAGUAACAUCGACAAUGCUCCCAUUUAAUCUGUACAGAUAUACAACUUCCUGAAAAUUACCAUAAACGCCUUCUCCUGUAAUAAAUAGUGCAAGUGUGUGACCAUACACUGAAAAAGAUAAAACCUGGUACAAAAACUAAAUCCUGAAGAAAAUAUUGGAAGUGGAGAAUUAGGAUUAGAAUAAUACAAAUGGAAUGUUUCCAUAAUUUAGGUUGGGACAUAUAAGAAGCUCCUGCUCAUGAGAAGUAAUGCUCUGACUCACUGUUUCAUGGAAAUACUAGUCACUUCCUAGCUAUACUGUAGAAAAUGUCAUACCCUGUCUUUUCUGGGAACCUCUGUUGCUAGAUACUUAAAAAAAACAUUUCCCUUCUCACAAAACAUGCAUAGAUACAACAUGAAGAAGAAUGAGAGUAUCAGCUACAAUCACUGAUUGAGUGGAGUGGAUUUCUUGUCUUUCUUCCUCAUUUGAUGUUAUUCAGUGGGUUUAAAGCUUGAAAGGGGUCAUUUAGCUCAUUUGAGUGGAUGGCUGUUUUGUGAUGCCAACCGCAUGGGUUCAAUUCCCACAGUGGCUGAGUUACCCAUGAAAGAUUCUGCUUUUCAACCUUACCCUUCACUUGUAGCAUGGUGACCCUCUAGUUGAACCACCACCAGUUGUGUCUCUCUGUAAUGUGGGAGCAGCACUGUGCUCUGGUAAAAUUAUCUUUUAGUGGUUGCUUUAAAAGAAUAGACCUGUCAACCCAGUAUAAAUACUUAACUGUCAAUGUGGUAGUUGUAAAGAAUUAGCCUGACAGGGUUUCUUGAGUUUUUUCCAAAGUAAGAGGUCAAGUUUAUUCAUUUAAAACUCACCUUGGGGUAAAACUAUUAAACAAUGAAGACAAUCCCAAAGUGCAACACAAACACUUAAAACCCAUGGACACAGUCACAGAUUGAAAGCAAUAGCAGGUGAAACUAAAGGUAUGUAAAUCAUCCUGUCUCUCAGAUGGAACUGCAAGUCACACACAAUAACAUAGCAAGGCUUCAACUCUAUCUUCAAUGCCAAGUCAAUUGCACAAUAACAUUACAAAAUGGUUGCCACUGCAUGCCGAAUGGGCAGAAUAAAUUACUAUAUCUCUUUGGGGUGGAGUAAAAUUGUUUGUAUCUGAGGCCAUGUAUUUGGUACUGCCAGCCACCUGGUAUCAAAUUAUGCUUCUUGGCAGGUCAUUGUCCAAGAAUGUACAUUGCAAAUGAUGGUCUCAAGCAAUCAUGAUCAUUACAGUGUUAGACUGGGGUGGAUGAGUCAGAUAUCACAUGACACCAGGUUCUAGUACAGCAGGUUAAUUUGAAACCACAAGCUUUCACAGCACUGCUCCUUCAUCAGGUAAAGUGGAGAAAAGCACACAAGCACAGAAUUUAC